CACCAGCACGUCCGAACCAACACUAAAUCAACUAGACAUUCAGCUCCAAACGCUCGUGCGUAAAGAGACAUUACGACCAGUAAGUAAAGGACCCUCGUGCGUAAAGAGACGUUACGUCCAGAGCUCCCCUGGUUCUCCCGUGCGGUUUAAGGUUUAAUUCCUGGGGGUCCGUGUCGUUGAUUCAGGAGGAUAAAGUUGGCCAUCGUCUCGCGGGGCUGCAGAUCUUCCAGCGCACGCAAUCCCCCGAUCGGGUCGCGAACAGAACGGGACCUGCGCGGACCACACAUGACCGCGCGCCCCGGCCGCGAGUGGAGCCUCAGAUGGGCGGCAGAGGCGCCAGCCUGUACCUCAGCAUGUUGAACGGGACGGACGCUCCGACCUUCGGAAAGGACUCCGACUUCAGCCUCCACUUGCACCGCGGCGGGAAGGAUCUAGCCGACUUCAAGAUGGGUAUUCAGGACGCGCGCUUCUACUACCCGGACACGGUGCCCAGCGGCCAGGACUCGCUCGCGCUGCCGUACCACCCGGACCCGAGCGGCGGGGGGGGUUUCGGCGGGCAGCAGGGGCGGCUCUACCCCCAGAGCCUCGCGGGCGGCGGCUGUCCGUUCGGCGGGGUGCGCUCGCCCUCGAGUUAUAUCCCAGCGAGCACCGACGGGUUCUCGAGCGCCGGUAAAGACGUGUACCCCCCCUCGCCAGAGAAUUACCCCGCCUUUCAGCAUGGCUACCCCCGCGCGCCCCUGUACCCGGUGCCUGGGCUACAGGUGUGCGGGAAGACACACGCGCUCCUCAAUAACUAUCCGCUCUGGGCCAAGUUCCACAAGUUCCAGAACGAGAUGAUCAUCACCAAGCAGGGCCGGAGGAUGUUCCCCUUCCUGAGUUUCAACCUCAGCGUGCUGGACCCCUCGGCCCACUACAACGUCUACGUGGACGUGGUUCUGGCCGACCAGCACCACUGGAGGUACCAGGGAGGCAAAUGGGUCCAGUGCGGCAAAGCAGAAGGAAACAUGCCCGGAAACAGGAUAUACAUGCAUCCCGAUUCCCCCAACACAGGAGCCCAUUGGAUGAGGCAGGAAGUGUCGUUUGGCAAGCUGAAGCUCACCAACAAUAAGGGCGGGACUAAUAACACGGCACAGAUGAUCGUGCUGCAGUCACUGCACAAGUACCAGCCGCGGCUCCAUGUGGUGGAGGUGAAGGAGGACGGUUCAGAGGACCCCUUCCUGAGCUCCAAGACCCAGACCUUCGUGUUCCCUGAGAGCCAGUUCAUCGCCGUCACGGCCUAUCAGAACGCAGAUAUCACCCAGCUGAAGAUAGACAACAACCCGUUCGCCAAAGGAUUCCGUGACAACUACGAUACGCCCUACGCCCCCCUGGACAGCGAGCGCCUCACCCCCUCCCCCCUCGGCGAGAGCCAGCAGCUGUUGCCCGGGACCUGCUACCCCCAGGCCUACCUCUCGGACCAGUACAUGAGCCCCCCCCAGGCUCGCCUCUACGGCCGCGAGCCGCUCGGCAUGGGCCAGCAGCCCAAGGACCCCUCCCCCGGCCCCCACGGCCGCACCUGGUACCUGUCCCCCCAGCAGAACAUGGCCCCCGGCCGCCUGGACUUCCCCUCCUCCUACGAGACGGACUUCACCGGCAACGGCUUCUACAAGUCCUUCCCCCUGCAGACGCCGGCCCCCCACCACCCCCACCACCACCACCACCACCACCCGGCGCUGGGCUACUACCCCGACCACACCUUCGCCUCCCCGGGCGUGGCCGUCUCCGGGGGCUCCCCGGGGGGCUGGUCCGCCGGCCGGCCCUCCUCGCAGUACCUCAGCCCCCACAGUAAGCCCCCCCCCAGCCUGGGCUGGUUCCGGCCCGUGUCCUCCUCCUCCGCCUCCUCUAACUCCUCCUCCUCCACGUCGCCCGGCGGCGCCCGGCUGCCCCCCUCGGGCCCCGCCCUCCUGGAACCCCUCCCCCGGGGGCCCGGCCCUCAGGAGAAGGCCAAGGAGGGGGGCGGCGGGGGGCUGCCGGGCGAGGACCCCUGGCUGGAGCCCCACUCGGUGAAGUCGGUGGACUCGGCCGACUCGGGGCUGUUCGAGGGGGGCGGGGCCGAGAGCAAGAAGAGGCGGGUCUCGCCGUACGCGUCCAGCACGGAGAACUCGCCGCCCAUGCGCGGCGGCGGCGGUGGCGGCGGCGGCGGCGGAGAGGCCUGCGAGAAGGAUGGCGCCGGUGACGCCGGGUACUUCGGCUUCUACUCCCACUGA